AUGAUCGACACAGCAAUUGAUCAGUGUUAUGAAUGCAAAGUAACAACCAAAGAUCAUCGAGAAGAACCAAUCAAAGUGACGAAUAUUCCAAGCAAACCAUGGGAUACAGUGUCAGUCGACCAUGGGGGACCGUAUCCGGACAGUCAUUAUAACCUUGUUAUGAUUGACAAGAGAACACGCUACCCGGUAGUAGAAUUGGUACUCUCAACCAAUUUCCCAGCAAACAAAGAGAGAAUGAAGCACAUUUUCGCCACCUACAAUAUGCCAAGAAGAGUAGAAACAGACAACGGACCACCAUUCAACUCCUGA